AUGUCGACCUCGAGCGCCGAAGACCUGCUCAAGAACGCCGAAAAGAAGGCCUCGGCCUCUGGAGGCUGGUUCUCGUCGGCCCAGAGCAAGCUCGAAGAGGCCGUCGAGCUCUUCAAGGCCGCCGCCAACAAGUUCCGCAUCCAGAACCGCUUCGAAGAGGCCGGAAACGCCUUUAUGCGCGCCGCAGAGACCGAGGUCAAGGUCGGCGAAAAGGACUAUGCUGCCAACACCUUCUUUGAGGCCAACAAGUGCUUCAAGAUGAGCAGGCCAGAGCUGGCGGUCGUCGCACUCACCAGGGCAAGAGAGAUUCUCAUCGAGCGCGGCCGGUUCCGCCAGGCGGCCGACCGAGAAAAAGCCAUUGCAGAGCUCUACAAGACCGACGCUGCCGACCCGGAAAAGGCGCUCGAGGCCUACGAGCAGGCGGCGCAGUGGUACACGCAGGAAGGCGCCUCGGCGACGGCGUCCGGAUGCUGGAGGGAGGCGGCGCAGAUCGCCACCGACCUCGGACGCUUCCCGCAGGCCAUCGAGAGGUGGGAGCAGGUGGCCGCCAUGAGCCUCGAGAGCAACCUCACCCGGUACAGCGUCAAGGAUUACUACCUCAACGCCGGCCUCUGCUACCUUGCCAUCCCCGACUACGUCGCGGCAGGACGCGCGAUGGGCUACUACGCCCAGCAAGAUCCCACCUUCCCGCCCACGAUGGAAGGCCGAUUCCUCCACAGCCUCCUCGAGGCCGCCGAGGCCGGAGACCUCGCCGUCUUCGACUCGAGGGUGCAGGAGUACGACAGGACCAAAAAGGUCCUCGGCUGGCAGGCCAGCCUCCUCCGGCAGGUGCGCAAGGGCAUCCAGGACGAGCCCGACCUCUCCUAG